GGACGCUCCUCUUCCAUCGCAUCAUAAAACACGUCUGCGUAACCGUCACAUAUUCACCGUUCUCUCUCCCGUGUGACCCUAUCAUUCACCGAGUUCUUCCUUAAAGAUAAGGGUACCCUAGCCUUGUCAGACUUUUCUAGCCAAGGGGUUUCUUGUGUUUUAUGCGUUUCUGUCAGCCAUAUAUAUAAGCCGGCUAUCUCCCUCACCAAUUCCGGAAUUCCGAUUCUUUCAACUUACUCGGCUUAUUAGACGUCGUCCACUACAACCAGGACCUCACAUUACUCAAAACCUUCUUCCCAAAAGUCUUCUCGUCUCCCAUCAACCUACCAGGUUGGACUGGACACUCUCAGCCCACCUAUACUCACCUCCCACUUCAUCUCUUAUUCAGAAUGCGAACAGAUAUGCGGUCUGGACAGAAGCAGUAUCUAUCCUUCAGGGACUUUGACAGCCCUGACGGAUCUGACGUCUCUACUGCACCCACUCCUGACACAAUGACACCCAACCCGACCCCUAACGACCUCAAAGUUAUCCUUGCGAAAUACUUGAUGAGCGAGAAAACGCUCCGCGAAAUCCGAGACUCCCUUGUCGAUAUUGCUCGCAACGCCGGGCAAAUGAUGAUCAACGCUGACCCCUCCGUGUGCACCUCGGACACGAAGAAAAACACCAGCGACCGCGUCACCGAGACUGACAAAGCCAUUGAGAAAAUGGUGCACUCGCGCCUCCAAUCCGCGUACCCCAACAUUGACUUCCUAGGCGAGGAGACAUUCAAAGUCGGUCAAAAGCUGUCCGACAAGCCAACAUUCGUCUGUGACCCCAUUGACGGCACUCUGAACUUCAUCCACGGAUUCCCCAACACAGCCGUCUCUCUCGCUCUCACGGUGGCAAAAAAGCCGGUUGUAGGCGUCAUCUACAAUCCCUUCCGCGGGGAUCUGUAUACUGCUGUCAAAGGCCAAGGCGCCUACCUCACCACAGCCUCCGGCCGAACUCACAACCUCCCCAUUCGGUCCACACCUGCUGCUCUUCCCUCACUAAACGGCUGCCUCGUAGCUCUAGAAUGGGGCUCCGAGCGCCAAGGUCCGAACUGGGAUCUCCGAACCUCGAUGUCACAGACGCUUUUGUCGUCCCGCUCAACCGGCGGCGCUAUGGUGCACUCGAUCCGGUCCUCCGGCUCCGCUGCCCUCGACUUUUGUUACGUGGCUGCGGGCCAGAUGGACCUAUUCUGGGAGGGCGGAUGCUGGAUUUGGGAUGUUUGCGCGGGCUGGUGCAUUCUGGAAGAGGCUGGCGGAAUGGUGGCGAGUGCGAAUCCUGGUGAUUGGAGACCGGAGUUGGAGGGCAGGUGUUAUUUGGCUGUGAGGGGAGCGAUGAGGGAAGAGCAGGAGAGCGUUGUGAGAGAGUUGUGGGGGCUGAUGGGGAAGAGGCGGUUUGUGUUCUGAAGAGGUGGG